UUUGAUUUUCAAAUCUGAAAUGAGAAAGUGCCAGAUUCGAUAACAAUUGAGAAUGAUACUUGGAUUGAUUUUAACAUCAUCCAAACACUUCAGAUCACACACAGCCUUUAUUAAAAGAAAUUUCCAGACAUUUGUUUCCUCUGCAUGGUUAAAAAACCAGCUGUCAGCAUCUCAUGAAUUGAGCUCAGACCUGAGAUUGUUAGAUGCAUCCUGGCAGUCUAAUGGGCAGGGAUAUGAGCAACUUUAUAAACAAAUGAUACUUGGAUUGAUUUUAACAUCAUCCAAACACUUCAGAUCACACACAGCCUUUAUUAAAAGAAAUUUCCAGACAUUUGUUUCCUCUGCAUGGUUAAAAAACCAGCUGUCAGCAUCUCAUGAAUUGAGCUCAGACCUGAGAUUGUUAGAUGCAUCCUGGCAGUCUAAUGGGCAGGGAUAUGAGCAACUUUAUAAACAGGCACAUAUUCCACAUGCAGUGUAUUUUGACCUGUAUAAAUGUUGCAUUGGUACAAAAGAAAUCCCUCUGAACCUCCCCGAACCAGAAUGUUGGACAAAGUAUGUGCAAUCAUUAGGUGUGUCUACAGACACUCAUGUGGUGGUGUAUGAUGGACAGAACAUGCGACUGGCAUUCAGGACCUGGUGGCUCUUCAGGCUAUAUGGUCAUGAGAAUGUUUCUGUAUUAGAUGGAGGUCUAAUUAAAUGGGCAGAAGAUGGCUAUGAAAUCACAGUGGAAGAACCGCGUGUGGAGAAGCCUGGCAACUUCCAGGGCCAGUUGAAUAAAGCUUUAAUGAGAACCUUUGAGGACAUGCAAAGGAAUGUGAGGGUGCAAUCAGAGCAGGUGGUGGAUGUGAGAGAGGCUAAAGCUUUUGAGGGGGACUUAGGGGAGACACCAGAAUCUAGAAAUGGACACAUUCCUGGAAGUCUGAACAUCCCAUACAGUUUGUUCUUUAAUGAAGAUAUGACUUUUAAAUCUAAGGAGGAGUUAAAUGACUUGUUUGAGGAUGCAGGAUUGGAUCUGGAUAAACCUAUUGUAUCCAGUUGCUUUCUUGGAUUAACUGGAUGUGCAGUAAAUGUUGCUACCCACAUGUUUGGGAAGAAGAACACAGCCUUAUAUUAUGGCUCCUGGAAUGAAUGGCGACUUCGAGUUAAUGCUAGUGAAUGUGAAACAGGUCCACCACGUCGUAAAGGAUAAUUAUUCAGGGAAUACACACUAAUUAGCUAGAAAUAUAUACUUUAUUAAUUAUUGAUUGUCUACAAUUUCCUUGUGAUUUUUUUUAAUUUAAUCUUUGAAAAAGAUAUUUGCCAUAUUUAUUACAGAAUUGCUCUAGUAAAUCAUAUAUAGGAAUCAGUUAAGUAAUAAAUUUUAUGAUUGUUCCUGUUGUUUAACAUGCAUUAAUUACUUAUCUGCAAUAU